UUUGUUUUUGCUACAGGAUCAAAGUCCAAACAUGUGUUUUUAAUAGAGUUACUUCCCGGAUCUUAAAUCACUGCAGAGUUUCACAAAGAAAUUAAACUGAAGGAAGAGAGGGAGGAUACCUCACUGCAGGUGUGUAGCAUUAAUGACAAUACUGCUGGACCAACAGAAGUGAGCGGAGGCCAACAGAAGUGAGCGGAGGCCAAACUGAACCAAACCAUCGGAGAAGAGGCACAGACAUAAUGUCUGCUCACACCAGAGUCGUCAACAAGAGGAGGGCGACGAUCACAGCUCUGCCUCUAUACUACUCUGGACAACUGUGGAAGAAAAACACCAGUGAGAAGGAUUUCAAGAAUUACUAUGGAGAGCUCCGUGGAGCCACGCUGUUUCUGUACGACGAUGAAUCACAGGUUACAUACAUUGAGAAGCUGGACCUGGAGCAGCUUACGUCCAUGGAGUCAAAUUGUCGGUAUCAGAAGAAGACACCGACCAUCUUCACCCUCAGCCUGCACACAGAGGAGGUGCAGCUGAAGAUGGACAAUCCUUACACAGGAGAGGAGUGGAGGGCUUACAUCCUGACUAUGGUCAAAAAGGAGAUCCCUGGUGACCUGCAGCUGCUGCCUGGACAGAUGAUGCUGCUGCUUGACGCUCUGGAGAGUGAGAGAAGGAGAAACCCCACCGCGUCACACCCACUGCUCCCGCCCCGACCAUCCUUCCUCCCUUCUUCCACGUUGUCACCCUCCUCUCAACCAGCUGAUGACCAUCCAGACUACAUCACCCCUGACCAGCCUGCGUGCUUCUUCGAUGUGACGCGGCAGGAGGCUGAGAGGAUGCUGGAGGCCAACCCAGAGUACGGAGGCAUCAUCAUCCGCCCGUCCAGCUUCAACAACAUCUACGCUGUGACCAUCAGACGACUGACACCCAGAGGGCCUGUGAUGAAGAACUACAGAGUGGCCUGCACAAACACAGGGUAUGUCAUCGAACUCCUCACACCAGUGACGGUCUCCUCCAUGAAUGAAGUAUUGAAAUACUUCAUUGAAAAGACACAGAGCCGUCCCUAUGCGCCGUCUGAGCCCUACGACUUCCUCAUUGAGGUUCCACCUGAUCCCAACUGCAUCAGCAUCACCUCACCUACACCUACAACAAUACCCAAGGCACAAGUGGCGCCAAUGCUGCACCCGCAAAUCCAGGAGCUUGAGUUCCUUCUAAGUAAGCCAGCGGAGGAUGAAUAUGUGGUUCCUGAGGAUCACACGCCUGAUUACCAGAACCUACGUCUGGGGGAGAAUGAGUGAGGGUAUUGGUCUUGCUCAGCACAGCAGACAAGGUGUUCAUAUAUAUAUAUAUAUAUAUAUAUAUGAGCUCCUGCUCCAUUGAGUGUGUGGGGCACUGGUUAAGGUUUCCCACACUUUCACAACAGAGUGAAAACAAAAACAUUUCAAAUACAGACUUUGUGUUAAUCCAUUUUGUAGAUUUAACUGCUUUUGUGAAGAUUGUACUAAAGGGAACGUCAGAGUCAAUAGACCCUCUAGGGACCAUGAAUAUCUGUUACACAUAUCACGAAAGAAAAUCACAUUUUACAAUUAAUAAUUUGUAAAGAAAUAUUUCAGAGGGGCAGAUAGACAAUCCAGCAUAAUGAUCUUAUAUAGCUAUAGUGAAGCUUAUUUAAGAUGUUCAGGUUUGCCCUACAGCAAAUCACACAAUUAAAACAACAACAGAAUCUAAACAUGGUCAGAUCUGGUUAGUUUGAGACCUCUUCUUCAAAACCGCAGACAAUUUGCAGAAACAAGAUUUUUACAUGACACUGAAUAUCAUUGUUUAGUUAUAAUUUGCCUUCAAUAAAAAUGUACAAACUAAUGUAUUCAAAAUGUGUGUCACUGGUCUUUGCGUCAGAUCACAAUGUUUGUUAUUGAAGUGAAAAAAUAAUUAAACUGUAAAAAUAUCACGUGUCAGAUACA